AGUCUAUACGCAAUGCUAAUAUCUGUGAUAUGUGUUUAAAUUACUUUCCAGAAACUUGUGUUUGUUCAUCGUGAAUUGCUGCUUUCCACAAUGAAUUAUCUGGGCGAAUGUGAAGAUUUGAUGUGCCGGAAGGAGAAAAUGGAGAGAGGUCCACAUUUUUAUUUUCUGUUCACGUUCAUAUUACUGUCAACACGAGGCCUUCACAUGAGUGUUGAAGCGGAUAAUCUUACAAUUUCUUGUCAGUAUGAGUAUGAAAAUUACUUGACCAAUGACACGUUUGAAUCAAACCUGAAGCUCCUUCUUGAUUCACUGUCGCACAACACCGCAACAACGGGAUUCUACAACACUACUGUCGGAGAAGGCCUUAACCGAAUUAAUGGACAAGCUCUUUGCCGAGGAGAUGCCAGUUCCACAGCGUGUGAGAGUUGUGUCAGCGAUGCAAGCCAAGGGAUCAUGAAGCUGUGCAAUGCUAAAGAUGCACUAAUUUGGUAUGAAUUAUGCCAAGUGCGAUAUUCCUUCCAAGAUUUCUUUUCAAACACGGCUUAUACUGGUAAAUACCCAGAUUCAAAUGGUCAGGAAAAACUUGCAUCGGACCCAGCUGAUUACUACACCUACUUGAUGUAUCUAAUGAAGAACAUAUCCACUGAGGCUGUUAACUCUAACCAAAUGUUCGCAACGGGGCAAAUAAAUUAUUCUUUGAGCCAGACAAUAUAUGGGCUAGUCCAGUGUACUAGGGAUAUGUCAGGCAAUGACUGUUACAAUUGCUUGAACUCUGCCUUGGGGGAUCUAAAAGCAUGCUGCUAUUUGCGGGAAGGUGGCACGGUUGUUAGCAGAAAUUGCAAUGUGAGGUAUGAGCCAUACCGCUUUUUCAAUGGCUCGAUAACCUCUGUGUUAUCUUACCCUGCUUCCACAGGAACGGGGGAUAAAUGGAAGAAAGGAAGGAUUGUCUUAAUUGUUGGUAUCCUGGGACUGCUAUUAGCUGUUCUUGCUGGAUCUUGCGCUGUCUACUUCAACUGGAGAAAAGCAAAACAAGACCUGGAAAGAAGCCCGCAUGCUGUCCUCCAUGAUUUAGUAAAUCCAGUCAGUGUGGAAAUUACUGAAGAAGGCAACCUAGUUAGCUCUGAGGAACUUCCUUUCAUGGAUCUAGCUACAAUAAAGGCCGCUACAGAUGACUUCUCAAGUUCAAACAAGCUCGGGCAAGGGGGGUUUGGUACUGUCUACAAGGGUUUGCUUUCUGAUGGAAAAGAAGUGGCAGUUAAAAGGUUGUCAAGGAAGUCUUGGCAAGGUCUCGAGGAGUUCAAGAAUGAGGUCAUCUUGAUUGCAAAGCUCCAGCACAGAAAUCUAGUAAGACUUCUAGGAUGCGGCAUAGAGGGAGAUGAGAAGCUGCUUGUAUACGAGUUCAUGCCUAACAAAAGCCUCGAUAUCUACAUCUUCGAUUCAGACAAACGUGCACAGCUUGAUUGGUACACAUGCAUUUAUAUUAUUGAUGGAAUUGCUAGAGGAUUAGUUUACCUGCAUGAGGACUCGAGACUGAGGAUUAUUCACAGGGAUCUGAAGCCUAGCAAUGUUCUGCUGGAUCAUGAAAUGGUUGCCAAAAUAUCAGAUUUUGGGAUGGCCAGAAUAUUUUGCGAAAACCAAAGUUCAGCUAAUACUAGAAGAGUUGUUGGAACAUACGGUUAUAUGGCCCCGGAGUACGCAAUGGGGGGACUGUUCUCUGUGAAAUCAGAUGUGUUCAGCUUUGGUGUAAUUUUGCUUGAGAUCAUCAGUGGAAAACGAAAUAGCAGAUUUUAUCUUACAAAACAGGCUCAGACACUUCUUGCAUAUGCGUGGAAACUAUGGACCGAAGGAAAAGAGUUGGAACUCGUGGAUCCAUCUUUAGCAGAAUCAGGCCAAGCAGCUGAAAUAGUCAGGUGCGUUCACGUCGGCCUUUUGUGCGUCCAAGAAGAUCCUGAAGAUAGACCGACAAUGUCAGAAGUAGUGACACUUUUAGGAGGUCAAAAAGGAACUCCUCCGGAACCGAAAAAACCAGCUUUUUGGGUUGGUAGAGCUGCCCAAGAACUCGAUCAAUCAUUGGCACCUAAUCUUUCUGCCAAUGACAUAACUGUUUCCAGUAUCUCACCUAGGUGAACAAGCACGUAUUCCAGCUAAUUAAGGUUCCAUUUGCCCAUGGUUGUAAAAUUUCAUGUUGAAAAGAGGAACUUGUCAUGUUUGGAAGAAUUACUCUGCUCAUGAAAAUCACUGUAUAAACAAUCAAGAUUAUGGCAUAUGGAGAAGGUUGAUUUGCUAAG